AUGGAAGCUUGUGCUGAUGUAAUCUCAGCGAUAAGUGAAUGGAGAUCAUCUCUCAUCACGGUAUUAGAAUGUGGAAAAGCAGCAAAGAUUUUCCACUUUUCAAAAGCUUUCAAAAUGAAAAAGCUCAUUUCCACUCACACAUAUUUAAAACUCACGAACACUUCCAAAGAUGGUGAAGUGAAGUUGUGUGGUGCCGGCAAAAUCCAACAUCGUUCACAUACCAUCAACAUUAUUGAUAGAGAUGAAAACAGAAUUUAA